AUGAACCCAACGAUCCGUUCCUCAUCAUCAACAACCCAAACGCCAUGCUUUGCUUUACAAGAAGUAACAGAAUCAAAAAUUAAAGAUGAAAAAACAGAGGAAAUGCAGACAUUGGACAAUGUUAAGAAGAAGUUAGCUGUUUUUAACUUACCUUGGUCAGUGUCCGCGCCAGACAUCAAAGAACUUUUCAAGGAAUGCGGAACCGUAACCGAUGUCGAGAUUGUAAAAAGGAAAGAUGGGAAGGGAAAAGGUUAUGCACUUGUUACUACGGAUUCUGGAGAAGGGGCUCAGGCUGCUGUUGAACAGUUUGAUGCUCGUGAAAUAUCAGGCAGGAUAAUAAGGGCAAAGUUUUCAAAGAGUUUCAAGAAACCUUCUCCUCCACCUCCUCCAGUCACCCCUCCAAUUCCCACAAGCCAAACCCCAAUUCCCAUUGUCCGAUUCACCAACUCGCCGCAUCACCAUCCCCUUCAAUUACCGUAA